AUGUCGAGAGACGGUUCCAUUUAUUCACUCAAGUAUGUUAGGAUACGCGUCUUGGACGCAGAUAUUCGGUUUCGGGGUGCUGCUCAGACCACCAAGCAUCUUCAACGACUGAUUUUGAGCGAUGGGGAGACCUUAGAAGUGGUAUCGUCGUCAGCGCCAUCUACCCCACCCCCACUCCCUGGAAUUGGCCAAGCCUUGGGGAAAUACACACAAGGCAACGCAACGAUCAUCAUCGCUGGGAGGAAUCGCGCCGCCGCUGACGCCAUCAUCGCCAAACUCCCCAAGCCAACGACCCCUGGUGUCUCUCACGAGUUCAUCGAAUGCGAUGCGACCCUCAUGAAGAACGUACAUGCUACGACCAAGGAAAUCCUCUCACGCCAUCCGAAGAUAAACUUCCUCGUCAUGUCUCCUGGGUACAUGACGUUGAAGGGUCGAGAUGAGACGGAGGAGGCGAUCGAUCACAAGUUGGCACUGAAUCACUAUGCCAGGUGGACUUUUGCGAAUGGGUUGCCGCCUGCGUUGAAAAGAGCAAAGGAAGACGGGGAGGACGUGAAAGUGUGUUCGGUGUUGGGUGCUGGGAAGGGUGGGGAGAUUGACGUUGAGGAUUUGGGAUUGAAAAAGUCAUUCUCUGUGGCCAAAGCCGCGCUUGCUUCGAUCUCAUGA